AUGAAAAUUAACCUACACCAGGGGUCAGUGCAGAGUUGGGAGGUUAGACCCAUCAGAGCAAACAUCAGGAGAGUCCCAGGUUUUUCAGUAGACGCAGCAGAACAGCGGCAAGAUUCACCAGGGAAAAGGCUAAAGGGAAGUAGUCAGGAUGGGCUACUUGUCCCUGACCACAAAAGCCUUGCUGCUGGGACUGGUGAUUGCUGCUACAGUAGCAGAAGGGGUUGUGGUUGAGAACCAAACCAGAAUAUGCCAACCGGCCCCACUCUGGAAGAUAAAUGGCAUAGACCCAAUGGCUGGAAUGGAGGGCCAGGUGACAGUGGUAGUCCUUUUGAAGGCCAGCUGACAGUUCUGUCUCAAGCAAGCAGCCAGCCUUGGCAGCUUGCGAGAGAAAUUGUCUGGUGAUGGUGUCGCCAAUGUCAGUUUCAUGAUUGUGAAUGAAAAAACCCCUUCCUCCAGGGCAAUGUAUUGGGAGCUCAAACGACAUGCUCCCAAAGGCAUUCCAGUUUACCAGCAACAAAUCCUGGAACCUGAUGUCUGGCAAAUUCUACAGGGCAACAAGGAUGACUUUCUGGUAUAUGACAGGUGCAGGAAGCUCACUUUCCACAUCCAGUUGCCAUACAGUUUUCUGCACUUACCAUAUGUUGAGGCAGCUGUGCGCUACACAUCCGGCAAAGAUUAUUGUGGCCAUUGUUCCUGGUAUUAUCUGAACAGCAGCCAGGAGGUGAAUAACACAGCAAGUACUCCUGUGAUGACAACUGAGGCUCCCAGAGACAAAGUGAAGAGCCUGGAAGUUUUGAAAAGCCAGCCUGAAAAGAAAAAUCAAGAAGCGCCUAACUUCAAACACGUAGUGCAGAGCCAUUCCCAUCAUGGGGGAAUUAACACAGGCCAACCAUCCCUCCAUUCUCAAAACCCCUCAGUUAACCACCACACAAGUGAAUCUCACUAAAUGGCUACAGUAUGGAAAUAAACUCUCAACUGUUAGGAUCCCCAAAAACUUACACUAAAAAAAAAAUUAAGCAAGCAAUAUAAAAAAUAGCUAAGAAGUAAAUUUACACAUCUUAGGAAGGAAUGGUUCCAUGUUUGCUCCCAGUAAGAGUAUACCAAAUUAUUUCCAGAGGGACAAACAUCAUAUUAAUCUAUAAUAGGUUUUGUUUCAUUGUGGUGUAACCGAUAAUUAACCUGAAUGUGAAUGAUUUAAUGGAAGGACCGAGCCCAUAAAUUGAAGAGUUAAGACGUUUCAGACAUUGUGUCUCAGAAGACUAUUUUGUGGAAGCGCAGAUUGGUAUUUCUCAUUGCCACACCUAUCUUCUAGGCUAUGUUUCUCAACCUCAGCAGCUUUAAGAUAUGUGGACUUGAGCUUCCAGAAUUCCCUAGAUAGCACUGGCUGCAGUUGGAAGUCCAUGUGAUGUUACCUAGUUUGGUAAUGAAACAUCUGUAAGAAAACCUCAAAGCACAGAGAGCACCAAGGACACCACAGUUCAAUCCUGAGCUACAAAUAUUCUCUUCUAUUGAUUAAUGUCUACGUCUGUAUGCACUUGGUCUUCUGCUGCUGGGAAAUCAGUUUUGAUUCCCCACCUUUACAUUUCCUACUUUUCUGCACUCAAUGAAGUAUGCAGUGUAACCUAAAUAUUGUAGUCACUGCAGCCUGAAACUGUUCAGAAAAGUAAGUUAGCUAAAAUGGAAAGAUGGGAUGAGGAUCAGAAUUAGGAUUUGAGGAAGGGUGACAGACUAAGUGAGGGCAAUGGAAAUAAAUUUGGCAAAUUAAUAUCCAUGGACCUGGAUGGCUAAUUUGAGGAUUGUGAUUUAUGUGGUGUUCCUGGAUUCUUGCCAGAAUCAAGAGAAUAAAAUGUAAUUAACUGGGUUUACAGAAAUGUUACUUGCUUCUAUAUACAUUGCACCGUAUGUAGUCAGAAGGUUUGGAGUGAAGCUCAAAUAAGUGACAGAACAUUAUGAGAUGAACUGAUGAAGAAAGUUUAUUCUUGACAUAUUGGCAAAAGUAAUGAAAAUGGAUACAUCGUGUACCGAGUAAAAAUAAUACUGCAUUCUGGUGGAAAUAAACUAUCUGAAAUUA